AUGUCUUCCCUUCCGGUUUGUUUUCUCUUCUCGGCUUUUUUUGUGUCUGUUGUUUUGUCCAAAUUCGUCCAUCUUUGCACUUAUGUCUCGACCAUCCCGACUGGCGCCUUUCUCCUGUACCUACCUACCUUCUUCAUCGCCGACUUCCUCGUCAUCUGCAUUGCGAGACUUUUUCUGCGCCCAGUAAAGGGCCUGCCGUCUUUGGUUGGCGCCGUAAUUGGAUCAUUUAUAACCAUCUUGUCAAUUGUGGGCGCCUCGUCGCAAUUAGCAUUCUACAUCAAGACUGGAGGCGAGCUGGAAUGGCAUGAGGCGAAAACCUAUGCCACCACCACAGAUGGGAUCAAGGUGCUGCUCACCGGAGGCUGGGCCGUGUUGGCAUCCGGAUGCCUGAUCCUGGCUGUGGCCUGGUUCGCCCAGAACGCAGUCUUUAAGGCUGUGGGAGACUUUUUGAUGGGGAUGUAUCUCCAGGUUCUCUCUGUCUUGCGAUUCAUCAUCAAGCUGCGCCACGGCAGACCCAAGAGAAAGGCAGACAUCGAGACCGAGACCGACGUUAUUGAUCCAUUUGUCGACACGGAUUCCUCUUCGAAUUAUAACCACUCGGAAUCUCACAGGCUUAUCAGAGAUGGAGAAAAGACUUUCACAAACGAGACGAAGGCUUCCGGCCGGAUGGUGCGGAUGCUUUCUUGGAUAUUCAAGGCGGCGACACUGGCCUUCCUCACCACCACGAUGAUUCUUCGUCCUCACUAUCCCUUCGACCACAUGUCCAUCACACUCCCCGUUUCCUUUUUCGAUAUUUUCAAAUCCGAGCCCGAUCACUGCGUCGAGCAGAGGCGCAUUAUGAAGAAUCUAUGGCCAUUUCCUCACCUCAUCGACAGCUCAAACUGGCAAAAUGCGCAGGGCGACUUCAAAGGCUGGGCGCCGGGCCACAAGAGCGAGAUGCGCGACCGAUACAGGCAACGGACACCCGACUGGUUGCCUGAUAUGCUCCCGCGUGGAUUCUUCCGAUGGGAUCCGAAGAGAUUCGAAUCUUUUAGCUCUGUUCAGGAAUCUUGGAAACGCCAGUGUCCCAACCUCCGCAUACGAGAGCCUUUUUAUAACCCGGUCAACGAUCCUCUCAAGAUUACCAACCUCGACACUGACGUCCUGGAACCGCUGAGAGAGGCGUUCGAUUCCGAAUCCGUCAAGAUAAAAAACGUCGUCUUCAUUCUGAUGGAAAGCCUUCGGGAGGAACUCUUUCCCCUCCGACAAGGCUCCGAAAUGCAUAAAAUGAUCCUGAAAGCUAACCCAGAGGCCGACCGAGAACUGAUCAACUCGCGACUGGCUCACCUCACCCCCCAUCUCGAAAAGAUUUCUGGCAUUUCUGGAAAGUUCACUGAUGCCAACGGCUCCAGCUACGACGCCCCGGAGUUGAAGUGGAAUGAUCAAGCACGCCCUGGCUUCGGCGGCAUUAAUGUUGUAGGUGGCUUUACUAGCGCUACCAUGUCCACCAAGAGCUUUGCGGCGAACCAUUGUGGUGCUUGGCCGAUGCCCGUCGAGAAGUUUGAAGAGUCCGAGACGGACAGUUAUCAACCCUGUAUUCCCCAGGUUCUCGGCAUGUUCAACGAAGUAAAGGAAAACGCAUCUUCCGAAUCGGCCGACUUUAGGGACUGGCCGUGGUACCCUGCCCUCUUCGAGUCUAUGACGGAACAGUACGACCGACAGGAGAGGUUCGACCAGAAGAUCGGUUUCAAGCACAUCAUCGCCAGGGCCGAACUCAAGCACGAUCCGAAAUAUAAUGAAUCCGACCCCGUCUAUAAGCCAGUCAACUACUUUGGAUUUGCCGAGCCCGUCGUGAAGCCGUAUAUCAGGGAUUACAUCACCAAUGCGACAGCUAAUAACCAACGCAUCUUUAUGUCGCAUUUCACAAGCACCACCCAUCACGCUUGGGAUACACCCGAAUGGUUCAAUACCACCGACUACUUACGGACGGGAGGAACAUCAAAGUGGCAUACAGAUUUCAACAAGUAUCUGAAUACCAUUCGUUUCCACGACGCUUGGAUGGCAGAGUUGCUGCAAUUAUUUGACGACUUGGGCAUCUCUGAUGAAACCCUCGUCGUUUUCGCUGGAGAUCAUGGACAGACAUUUCAAGAAGACUACCACAAGACAGGAACGUACGAAGUCGGACAUAUCAGCGACUUCCGAGUUCCUAUUACAUUCCGACACCCCAAACUCCCCCGAGUCCAAUACGAGGCUAACGCGACUACCAUCUCCGUUCUGCCCACGAUUCUCGACCUCCUCAUCACCAGCAACUCCCUCAACGAUAGAGACUCGGAUAUUGCUUCCGACCUGGUCAACGACUACGAAGGCCAAUCUCUCAUUCGACCAUACAAGACCUCGGAUAAAGGCCGGCGUGCCUGGAAUUUUGCGGUUAUCAACUCUGGCGCGGGUAUGCUUGCUGUUACCUCUGCGGAUGUCCCUUGGAGGCUGGUUAUGCCGUUGGGCAAGGUGUUUGAGUAUACAUUUACAGACGUGAGAAAUGACCCAUUGGAGAAGAAUCCCAUCCCUGCUUGGUCGCUCGACGUCUUAGAGGAGGCCGUUCGCAGAAAGCAUGGUAAAGAGGCUGCCCAGUGGGUGAGAGAGGCCCCUGCAGUUGGGCAGUGGUGGAGUUUGGAACGGCAACGGUUAUGGAAAUAUCACUUAUGA